UGCUUUAGUGAGUUGCAGGACGGGAUUAGGAUUCGUUUAAGGACCACGAGCGGAAAUAUGAGUUUGCCGAGUGCUACUAAUAAUCAUGCAUCAUCACCCAUAUUCAGCAAUAAGUCAGUCAUAAAGAAAAGUUCAAAAAGCGAUUUAAUGCGUGCCGCAGUCGGUUUGCUGCUGAAGCAAAAGAAUUAUGUUGGCAACGAGAAGUUUCGCAGAUCAGAUUUCCUAUUAAUGCAAAACAAGAGUCAAUUUGCGGUCAACAAAAUGCUGGACACUGAUCUCCAUGGAGGCAAUAGCUUCACGUAUUCAAACGUCCAAGUUAUAACAAACAAUCAACAUAUGGUUGAUCAGCAGUUUGGACGCUUUUCGCAGUUUGUGGAAUUGCAACCGGAGUCAUUGCGCAUCGAAAUGAAACGCUUCUAUGCGCCGAUGCUGUGCCAUUUGUACCUGGAGCUGUUGAAGGCGCGUGAGUCAAAGGGCGCCGUCGAGUUUCUCAAGAAGUAUGCGCAUCUGGUGGCACCGGUCGACCUGUACGAUGCACCACUGCCCACAAAAAUCAAUGGCUGCUCGGUGACGAAUGAGGCUCAGCUAUCGGGAGCCUCCGACUGUCAUAUACGUUUUGCUAGUGAGGCUCAGAAUACGGGCGAUACAGAACUGGAUUACUUUAUGAAAUUAGUACAAAUUCUAUCGGGGUGCACAAAGCUGGAAACCGCUGAGUCCGACCCAACUGUAGCGCAUUUUCGCGGAUCCAAAUACGAGAUACAUACAACGGCCCAGGUGGUGGAUAAAAUUGGCGCUUAUUUGCAGCGACGCGGCCAUGUGCUGAUCAUGAAUCUGAUCUACACCUGGCUGCAUAUCCACACUGUGGACAAUGAUCAGCGUCUUUUUACAGAGGAUCAUCUGCUGGGAAUUACCGAAGAACUUGAUGUGAUAGACGGUUUUGAGGCUGAUGAGGUAACCACAUAUAGUACAACAUGCAACAUUCGCAGCGAUCACAAGCCCAGCAAGUUUGGCGAAAAGAGCACCAAGAAACGUCCUGCUGAGGAGACAACGAUCAAAUUGGAGUCUGAAGUGAAAGCAGAAAGACUCUUUAUGGAAGCGGAUGUGCCAGUGGCUGAGAAGAACAAAUUCAACAUUGACGCCUGCCUUGAUACACUCAAAUCCUCCACAGAUCAAAUACUUAAAGCUCAAGCGGAUUUGCCAUGUUUCUAUAGGGUCUGCGAGCGGACGCGUGGUCUCACCUCUGCCCAUUUGGAUAACAACGAAUGCCACAUGCUUGCGGGCUUUGAUAACUCUGCCGUUCAGCUGUGGCAGCUGAACCAACAUAGCUGUAAGGGUAAGAGUUUUUACAGACGUGCUCCAUACUCACAAUGCGCCUGGGAGCUAAACAAUUGUGCAGACAACGAGCAAGAGGAACUUGAUAGCGACGAGGAAACAUUAAAAUGUAGCGCCGAGGAGCGACGCGAACGCAUCAAAGCAUUACGCAACAAAUAUCCGGAUAACUCCUUCAACGAGUAUGGCGGCUUGCAGAUGCGUGGCCACACCAAAGGUGUUACCAAUGUGCGUUUCUCGGCUCAUUAUCCGCUCUUCUAUAGUGUUUCCAAGGACUGCACAUUGCGUUGCUGGCGGGCGCAUAAUUUGCAAUGUGCAGCCAUUUAUCGCAGUCACAACUAUCCCAUUUGGUGCGUAGAUGAAAGUCCCGUAGGACAGUAUGUAUGCACCGGCUCCAAGGAUUUGAGCGCACGUUUGUGGUCCCUGGAACGGGAGCAUGCGCUUAUUAUAUAUGCUGGUCAUACACAAGACGUUGAGUGCAUUGCUUUUCAUCCGAAUGGCAAUUACCUAGCCACCGGCUCGGCUGAUCAUUCGGUGCGUUUAUGGUGCGCCACCAGCGGUAAACUAAUGCGCGUCUUUGCCGAUUGCCGACAGGCGGUCACUAGUCUAGCCUUUAGUUCUGAUGGUAAAAUGCUGGCCGUUGCCGGGGAUGAGUCUAAGGUGCGCAUAUUUGACUUGGCUGCAGGCGCACAGCUGAGCGAGCUUAAGGAUCAUCCGACCAGCGUUAGCUCCUUGGCUUGGGGUGCACACAAUCAGCAACUGGUCACUGCCUGCAUCGAUGGCAGCCUAAGAUUGUGGGACAUUAAAAAGCUAACGCCUAUGAGCGAGAGCAGCACCGGUGGGAGCAGCACCUACUCAUCAUCAUCAUCAUCAUCGUCGUCAUCAGCUACAACGAAUCGUCUCUUGACUCUAAAUAGUUCCUGCCAGCGUCUGGUCGAUGUAUUUUAUGGACGCAGUAAAACGCUCUAUUGCAUAGGCACUUAAAAAAUGUCGCCGUAAUUGAGGAUAGUUUUU